AUGAAGCACCGUAUCAUUAGGGGCAGCUUCGCAAAGCUUUUCGUCUUUCUUCUAGCGCUGAACGUCAUCGGCUCAAAUGCGUCGGAAGGUAGGAGCGUAGGUGCUGAUGGGGGUGAGGUCAGGUCAGGUGGACAAAGAGUUUUGUUUGAUCAACUGAUGGAUUCUCUCGCUAGCAAGUAUCUGCCUGCGUAUGUUGCAGGCGGGCAUGAUGCGGGGAUGCAGUGGAGUGUUCAUCCUUUCCCACUAAGCUCACGAAGCGCCGAGAGACUACAAAAGAGAGAAGACGGGGUCCGGGAGAAGAGACAGAACACAUUCGCCAACUCUGCUGCUGCGGGGAAUGAUGAUCAAGACAGCUCUUCCACUGGUAGUGUUGAUGGAGCGGGGAAUGCGAUCCCUGCAAGUGUACUUGCUGCUGCUGCUAGUGCCUCAUCCACCGGAGGGAGUGCCGGGUCAAGUUCGGAACGCUCCCCCUCUAUCCCCUCUUCUUUCCCUUCCGCGUCUGCAACACAGACCCCUUGGGAAACUCCUGCAUCCCUCCCUCCCUCUCCUUCUUCCACUUCCAUUCCCGCCCUUACCUCAACUCCCCGCUCACCUUCCUCUUCAUCAUCUCUCCUACCAGCCCCAUCAACCAAGCAAGAAACCUCCAACCCCUCCAACCCGGAUCCCGAUCAAUCCUUCUCGCUUCUAAAUCCGAAACACAAUCUCUUCCCAUUGAUUAUCGCCGGUCUCUCCGCCGCUGGUUUCCUAGCCAUCAUGCUUCUAAUCGCCAUAGCUCGUGCUAUAGCACACGAGUCUCUCCGACGCGAUAACUUACGCAAAACCUAUUCCUUCGACAACACUACCCCCUCCUCCAAAAGUGAGGUUGACAAAUACACCUCCCCUUUCCCCAACCGGGGUGGAGUGGGGAGCAGUCUAAAAAGAGCGAUGACGAAAAAGAAGCCCCUGGGCAGUUUCGCUAGGAGAACGCAAGAUGGAAGUGUAUUGAUUGAGGUUGGGGAUGAAGUGUUGGCAGUGCCGCCACACUUGGCUGAUAGCUAUCGGGAAUGGAUUUUGAGAGAGAAAAGGAAUAGGAGUACGCUAAGCGGGGAGAGGGGAGGAUUUGGAGUGGAGGCGAAAUACUUGAAUGAUGGUGGACCGGAUGGGUUUGGUGGUGAUGAAGAGCAAGCACGUGCUGCGUAUGAUAACAUGCUCGAAGGCGGGGGUGUGCGAAGGAGUUUGAGCCAGAAAUUGGGCGAUCGAUUCCGUUCUUUAACCGCGACUAAGACUGCGAUCCGUGGAGAGACGGAGAGAGGGAGAGCGUUUAGUUUCAGCUCUGAACAUCAACCUCCAGGUGCAAUGAGGCAAGCUAAUCUAGGAGGAGGAAACAAAGGGGUCUUGACUAGCUGCGGAGAAGGAUGGAGCAUCGUCCAACGUCAGCAGGGGGAUGUAACAAAGACUCCUGGACCGCCUUUCGGUACAGCUCGCGUCUUGGAACGAUUCACAUCCAUCACUCAACCCCCCGCAACCUACGCCACGAAAGCAGCUGUAGCGAGAAAGGCUCCUCCUAGACUAGAACUCACUUUGCUCACGGAAAAGUUGCAAGAUUUGGAAAAACAAUCCUCCUCCUCCUCCUCCUCCUCCUCCACCACCACCACCACCACCACCUCUGCCCAAAGCACUGCUUCGAGAGGAGACAGAAGAAGGGGUGGUCUACCCAAGGAAGCCAGUCUAACAGGCAGCUCUGGCGACAGCGCAAAUGGUACAUUUGGCGGUUCAGCCUCAAGUCAUUCUGAAACUUGCACGAGAGUUCCGGGUGCCUUCCCGGAAAGAACCAAAAGUCUGCACCAGAGUGCAGCAAGACGAGCAAAGUCAGUCAAGCCGUUGAUUCUCAACAUGGAUCCCACUGCUGGCACCGGUGCCGGUGCUGGUGUGGGUGGGUACAAGGGUAGGAAAGCAGACGCAACACAAAGAAGCAGAACGCAGGUAGUCAGGCAAAGCAGGCGAGUGGAAAGAGUUGCAAGUGUAGCAUUGGCCAGUCCAACUCGAUUCACGCAUGAAAGAUGCGCAAAGCUUGUCGUGGCGCCUGAAAGACCAGAGGCUGCUUUGGCGGCUAGACCGUUGCCUGUCCCUCCUUCUUUUUCUCAACAGCGAAAGGCAUAA